CCCUCCACAAAUUGGGUAAAAUAUAAGCGGGAAAUGAAUAAUUUCAUCCAAUCCCGCCUACGGUUCUAGAACUUUCCACUAUAUAAACCAUUUCCCUCCUCAUUCAACCAUAGAUAUUUCAUAUUCCGCCCAUUCUCUUCCAAAUCCCUAACCGUCAAAACCCUAGUUCUUCAGAUCCACCGUCAAGAUGUUGGAACUCCGUCUCGUUCAAGGUUCACUUCUCAAGAAGGUUCUGGAAUCGAUCAAGGAGUUGGUGAACGAUGCGAACUUCGACUGUUCGUCUACUGGUUUCUCUCUGCAAGCUAUGGAUUCCAGCCACGUUGCUCUUGUGGCUCUGCUUCUCAGAUCGGAGGGGUUUGAGCAUUAUCGGUGUGACCGGAACCUUUCCAUGGGUAUGAAUCUAAACAACAUGGCCAAGAUGCUCAAGUGUGCUGGUAAUGAUGAUAUCAUUACUAUUAAGGCUGAUGAUGGAAGUGACACUGUUACCUUCAUGUUUGAAAGCCCUACCCAAGAUAAGAUUUCUGAUUUUGAGAUGAAGCUGAUGGACAUUGAUAGCGAACACCUUGGAAUUCCGGAGGCUGAAUAUCAUGCCAUUGUUAGGAUGCCAUCAGCUGAGUUUGCUAGGAUUUGCAAAGAUCUAAGUAGCAUUGGUGAUACUGUUGUCAUUGCGGUUUCCAAAGAGGGUGUCAAGUUUUCCACCAAAGGAGAUAUUGGAAGUGCAAAUAUAGUUUGCAGGCAGAAUACUACUGUGGACAAGCCUGAAGAAGCUACAGUCAUAGAGAUGAAUGAGCCUGUUGCCUUGCAGUUUGCCCUGAGAUACAUGAACUCUUUUACAAAAGCAACCCCUCUGUCCAGUUCAGUUACUAUCAGUCUGUCAAAUGAGCUGCCAGUUGUUGUUGAGUACAAGAUUGCUGAGAUGGGGUAUGUUCGGUUCUAUUUGGCUCCCAAAAUAGAGGAGGACGAAGAAGAAACCAAACCACAAGCUUAGUCUGAUAUUAGGUUUUGAAUUUGGACUUAGAUGUAGGAUGUUUUUAUACAUUACUACUGUUUGGCACUCUAUGCAUUUGAAAGACGUGUAAGCUUCAUUGUCACAUUAUUUUCUACUUCUACAAGAACAAUUCUAAACAAUGAAUGAGUGGUUAUUUUUCA